GGGAAUGGCGGGGUCGAGGGAGAAGUCUAGGGUAUAUAUGAGGGGACCCCGACCGAUUGCAGGCUGAUACUCCAGCCUGGCUGCCAAUACACAAAAACACACACAUACACUGCAGGCAGACUGGACAGCAUGCGGGCCCUUGCAACGAUAGUGAUAGUGACCUUGGCCGUGGCGUUGGUAUCCGGCCAGCAGUACCAACAGGGCGGAAAUGCGUACGGCGACGAGUACGCGGAUUACGAAUCACCGCGACCGGCGCACCCAACGCCGCGAAGUUAUGCGGCAGCGCAGGCGCCUGCGCAGCGAGCAUCAGCGCCAUCUGCGCCGAAGCCGACGCCAGUGGCGAUCCUGAAGCAGAUAAACAGGCACAACGAGGACGGCUCGUACACCUACGGUUUCGAGGGUGGUGAUGGCUCCUUCAAGAUCGAGACUAAGCUGCCGACAGGCGAGGUCAAGGGCAAGUACGGAUUCGUAGACGACACGGGGAAGGUCCGCGUCGUCGAGUACGGAGCGAACAAAUACGGCUUCCAGCCCUCCGGCGAGGGCAUCACCGUCGCACCCCCGACCCUCGUCGACGAGACGACGAACAAGGAGGGCCUCCACAACGUCAACACCAACUAUCAGGACUACUCCGACUACCAGCAACCCGCUCCCGCUCGUCCCCAGCCAAGACCCACCCCCGCCGCCGCCUCCCUUCGCCAACAGCAAGCCUACGAACGCGCGCAGUUCGCCCCCCAGCCCCAACCCCAGCCCCAGCAGCAGUACCGCCCCCAGCCCCAGAGUCCGGUCCAGCAGUACCAACCUCAACAGGCCCAGACCCAGGCGAUCUACGCACCCCAGCAGAACCCUCGGCCCCGUAUUCCCACCCAUCAGGCCCCCCAGGCUCCCGUCUUCGCCCAUGCCGCCCCCGCCUCGCUGCCCCAGAGCCGCCAGGAAAUCGGCUACGCCACCAGACCCGCCCCCGUCCACCAGGCCCAAGCCUACGAGGAACCUGAACCCGUUCGCCCCCAGUUCAACGCGCAGGGUCCCGUUCAGUUUAGCCCAGCACCGCUCCCUGCCUCCAGGCCCCAAUCUCAGGCCCGCAGCCAAGGCGGCGGAAUCCUCGACCAACUCGCAAGAGACUACGCGCUUCCGCAGGGCGGCGCUGCUCCGCUUCACGACAUCAGCUUCGGCUAUUACUAGAAUCGAAGGACGGGCUCGCGUCGAGGAGAGCCAAUGGGAUGCUUCUUUGGAGCUUUGAGCGGCUGGCGAGGACCCCGCUAAUUGCGUCUCGCGAUCUUGCCACCGAAAUACUCGCAGAGCUCGCCCGUCUGUCACUAGGUUAUUUUAAUGUCUAAUUAAAUCUAAAUAAAGAGAAAACGAACGUA